UGUUUCCUCAUUUGAAAAGAGGUGAAGGAGGGAGCUCACAGGUUAUGAUAGCAAAGACCACAACCUCUCUUGGUGUAACCAAGCACACAUACACACACAUACACACAGGAACAUGCAGCACUAAACCGUCAACGAGCGAGGGGGAAAUUCGCUCACUGAAGAAAAACAUGGCAGAGGGCGGCGACGUCAGAGCUCUGCUGAACAAGUUCAACCGCCAGGCAGACUCCACGGACGCCUCCACGCACCGGGACAGCAGGCCCGUUCAACCCCUCAGCCCGGGGCCCCGGACCUGGGCCCCACCGCCAGGAACCAUUCCCCCCGCUACCAUGCCAGCCAACGGGAACCUCAGACACAAACUCUCGCCGAUGGCCCCUCCCCAGCUUCCGGGGGCGGUCGCCUUCCAGCACCAACGAGAGCCGGCCUGGAAGCCCACGUCAGUGCCCCGGGGACAGCAGCCCGGCACCCCCCACCCCCAGCUGCCGCCGCUGGGGGCGGGGUCCUCGAGACCCCCCGCCCGGCCUACCUUCUCCCCCAGGGCGGGCACCGUCGCCGCCUCGCCGUUGUUGGACCCAGGCCGGGUCAGGAAGACGGAGGAGUUGCUGCAGAACAUGUUGCUGAACCGUGGCGCCCCUCACACCCCCGCCCACCCCCCGGGGCCACCCGCCGGCCGGGGGUCCAUCCCAGAGGUGACCCCCCUGAGGAAGCCCCUUCCGGCGGAGGGCCGGCAGCCCGUGAAGCCCCGACGGCCCCAGCAGGUGAACCUGGAGCCCUACCUGAGGCGCCCGCGCACCUCCCUGCCCCCGCCGCCACUCCCGGGCCUCAAGAAGAACGGCGGGUCUCCGACGAUGGGAGGAAGAAGUCUGCCUACCUCUGGGCCACCCCUACCACCUGGUCUGCAUCGACUCCCCCACAAACCCCUCCCCCAGGAACCUUCAGUAACCAAAAUCAACAGACAAGAGACCCAAGACACAUAUGAUGACAUUGACACCUUGGGAGGAGAUGACUCGUGGGGCGAGGGCAGUUCACAGAACAUUAACGGGGAGAGUGAUGACAGCGAGGUGUAUGAAAGUAUUGACGAAAACGAGUUUGAGCUGCCCCGGGCUCCCCCUCCAGUAGCAAGGCUCCCCCAGACGCAGAAGAAGCAGCAGCUGGAGAUGGACAAGAAGGAGCUGAAGGAACAGCAGAAGAGAGAGAACGAGAUGAGGAAGAAGUUUCAGCUGAAGGGGCCGCUGGAGGUCCUUCACAUAGCCAGGGUCCGGUGCGACUGGCAGGGCGGGAAACUGGACCUGGCGGUGCGCCAAGGGGACACCGUGGAGAUCCUCCGGGCCAAAGAUAAUCCCGGCGGAAAGUGGCUGGUCCGCGCGGAGACGGGCAAAUGGGGCUACGUGAGCAUCGACUGCAUGGACGUGGACUACGAGACGGUGAAGCGUCAGGUGCUGAAGGGGCUGCAGGCCAUCGACCUGCCCCCCCCUCCGCCGGACCCCCCCAAGGCCUUCGGGGGGGGCUUCGGCAUGGAUUCACCCGCUCACACAGACCCUGUGGAUGAUUAUGAUGAUGAUGAAGACGAUUAUGAUGACGUGGAGAUACCAGACGAUUUCCCCCCCCCACCACUUGAGUGCAGCUUUGAUCCAAUUGUGGCUCAGGAGCUGAAGAAGAAGUUUAAGUUUGUAGGGCCAGUACAAGUGCUGCACACCAUGAUGGUGGACCCCAACGGACAGAUCAAGAGGCCCAAGGAGAAGGAGCUGGCCAUAGGCCAGGGAGAGAUCCUGGACGUCCUGCAGUUCACCAACCACAAGAUGGCGCUGUGCCGAAACCACAUAGGCAAAUUUGGCUAUGUCCCUCGAUCUCUUCUUCUCCAAAUGGAGGGGGAUAUUUAUGACGACAUUGACCACUUUGUUGAUGUUUAUGAUAAUGAUAUCCUUCCUUGAAGCCUGAAGUUCACCCCCAGCAGUACCCUGCUCUAUCUGGGGGCCCUUGGUUUUGGGUCCCUUGGUUUUGGGCCUUCACGUUUUUGGGGCCUCAUCGUGGAACUCAUACUAAAGUGAGAGUCGUUCUUGGAUUGGACCAGGGAGCAAGCAACUAAAGCAGACAGACAGACACACACACACACACACACACACACACACACACACACACACACACACACACACACACACACACACACACACCCACUUCCGACCUACACACGGCAGCACCACAUGCCAACAAACUGAGAAUAUCGACUGUACAGUUUUUUGUAAUCUUGCUUUUAAAAAUAAAUACACUAUUUGUUCAAUUCUUUGUUCAUUACUUGGCAUCAAUAAGGUGCAUAUUUUUCCUUCAUUCUUAAUAAAACAUUCUUGUUUUGCUGUCUCUA